AUGCCCCGCCCCCGCCAGCGGCCGCCCGCCAGCCCGGCGCGCCGCGGCUCGGCCACGCCUUCGCCUUCGCCGCCGCAGACGCUGUCGCCGCCGCUGUCGCCGCAGCACCGCCGGCCCAGGCCGGGGGCGGCGUCCGGCUCCCGCGGCACGGCGGCGCUCACCCCGGCCGCCCCCGAGCCCGCCGCGGCUGCAGAGCCGCCGCCGCCGCCCCCGCAGCCGUGCAGCCCGGACGCGCUGGCGGACGCGACCGACGGCGACAGCGGUGACGGCGGCGACGACGGGGAGUGGCUGGUGCGCGAGUGCGAGCAGUACCUGAGCAGCCACGAGCUGCGCGCGCAGGGCCCGGCCGCGGACGCAGCCGCGUCGGACUGCAGCCGCUCCGGGUCGGCGUCGUCCCUGUCGGAGGAGAGCGGCGGCGCGGCAGGGAGGCGCGCGUCCAGCUCGUCGCUGCCACCGGACGGCGCGGCCGGCCUCAAGCGCAGGCGCAACCUGGUGGGCCGCUGUGUGAACAAGGUGCGGUCGCUGAUCCGCAAGUAGGCGGGCCCGGCCCACCCCCACCCUGCACAUACCGUGCCACGGACUCACUGUACAUAUGGACACUGUUUGUGACAGAGUGACACUCAAACGUCAGUGUAACCAAAUGAGCUAUUUUUAUUUCUAUUGCUGUUAAUUGUAUUUUACCAAAGGUAAUUUAAAGUAAUCGCUGCGAGGGCAGCUUCAAUAAAAUACUUGGAGUCGUU